ACUCGACAACGGAAGAGAACUUUCAAAGAAUCACGAGCCAGGCGGGAAAGUUGGUUAUUCGUUCUGACCAAUCAAUUCACUCGUGUAGCAACGCCGCUGCGGAGUGUCUACAGCGGAGAGGGACGAGGAAGCGAACAUAUUAGUCUAUAAAGAUAAACGAGUUAUUUUUUUCUUCCAAUUUUAUACCGAAGGAGAUACUUCAGCGUAAACCAAGAACGAUGACUGGUUCGAACGAGUACAAACUGAACCAGGGACCAGAGGACAGUAUCUCUGCCGUGAAGUUCAGCCCCAGUACAGGCCAGUUCCUUCUAGUGUCCUCUUGGGACUGUACUGUCCGGCUCUACGAUGUGGCAGGCAACUCCAUGAGGAUCAAGUAUUCUCACCUGGCACCUGUGCUGGAUUGUGCUUUCUAUGACCCAACACAUGCCUGGAGCGGAGGCUUGGACACGCAGUUGAAAACCCACGACUUGAAUACAGAUCAAGAUACAAUAGUUGGGACACACGACGCCCCCAUUCGCUGUGUGGAAUACUGUCCAGAGGUCAACGUCAUGGUAACAGGUAGCUGGGAUAGGUCAGUCAGGCUGUGGGACCCCAGGACCCCCUGCAACGCUGGCACCUUCACACAACCUGAAAAGGUGUACACCCUCUCUGUGGCUGGUGACCGGCUGAUAGUGGGGACAGCAGGGAGGAGGGUGUUGGUCUGGGACCUGAGGAAUAUGGGCUACGUCCAGCAGAGGAGAGAGUCCAGUCUGAAAUACCAGACACGAGCCAUCAGGGCCUUCCCUAACAAACAGGGCUAUGUCCUGAGCUCCAUAGAAGGACGUGUUGCUGUGGAGUACCUGGACCCCAGCCAGGAAAUGCAGAAGAAGAAGUACGCCUUCAAGUGCCACCGGCUGAAGGAGAACGGCAUAGAACAGGUCUAUCCCGUCAACGCCAUCUCCUUCCACGGUGUCCACAACACCUUCGCCACAGGUGGCUCCGACGGCUUUGUGAACAUCUGGGACCCUUUCAACAAGAAACGCCUGUGUCAGUUUCACCGCUACCCUACGUCUAUCGCCUCCCUGGCCUUCAGUAACGACGGUUCCACGCUGGCCAUCGCCUCCUCUUACAUGCAGGAGCAGGGAGACAUCAGCCACCCGGAGGACACCGUCUUCAUCCGUCAGGUCACAGACGCAGAGACGAAGCCCAA